AUGGUCGGCAAGGUAUCCGAGAGGGUUCUCCUCCGAGAGGGACUCGAGAGGACGGACAAUGGCAUGAAGCUGACCAGCUGGCCGGAUGUGACGCCCAUCAACCAAAAGAACUACUACACCGACUACAUGAAGCGUGACGACCAGUUCCUCGCCCUUCGACUGCAAAGCGAUGCGACGCGUGACCGCCUCGUCCAGAGCGCCCGAGACCGUGACAGAAUUCUUUCAAAACCCGCCAAUGGCGAAAGCUUUCUCCCCAUACCUGAUCUUGCCGAGGACGACGGGGCCGCCACGCCGUCCGCUGGCAUCGACCCCUCCAGGAUAAUCGUCAUCCAUCCUGGCAGCCAGAACCUUCGAAUCGGCUUCGCCAGCGACGCCCUCCCCAAGACGAUCCCGAGCGUGCUCGCCACAAAGUUCCCCCAAACCGAGUCCGACAUGUACGAAGCCCUUCCCCGGCGACAGUUUGAAGCCAAGACGACUGAACAGCAAUACGGCGAGGAAUGGUCCAAAAAGUACCAAAAGCUGUGCGCCGAACUGAAAUCAGACAUGCGCGCCAACAAGCGAAAGGUGCUGCCAAACUCAAAGGAGCUCGUUCAGACUUUCAAUCGCCGCGCAGAGGCCGAAAUCAUCCAGAAGCACAACGACCCCCUGGAGAUCGAAUGGACCGACAUCAAGGCUCUGGAGGAUUCGGAGUCUCCCGCUUCGUGCUUCAUCGGCAACGAUGCCUUGCGCGUGCCUGACGAUUCCGAGCCCAAGUUCAAGUUGUGGUGGCCCAUCCGCAAUGGCUGGUGGAACGAAGACGACUACGCAAGUCAGGAGCACCUGUUUGACGAUUUCGAAACCCUGCUCGACAAGGCGUUGCGCCAAGAGCUUGGCUUGAAGACAAACAGCGAGUGGCAGCAGUAUAGCUGCGUGUUCGUCAUCCCGGAUCUCUACGACAAAAAGUAUGUUGAACAAGUAUUGCACUCCUGCAUGGUUUGGUUCGAGUUCAACAGGGUCUGCUUCGUCCAGGAGAGCAUGGCGGCCACGUUUGGUGCUGGAUACACCCAAGCCUGCGUCGUCGACGUCGGCGCUCAGAAGACGUCGGUCACCUGCGUCGAGGACGGUCUCGUCAUCGAGGACUCGAGGGUGAACCUCAAGUACGGAGGCUUCGACAUCACCGACACCUUCGUCAAGAUGAUGCUGUACGACAAUUUUCCCUACCAAGAAAUCAACCUGCAACGGCGCUACGACUUCCUCUUGGCCGAGGAGCUCAAGGCGAAGCACUGCACAAUGUCUCAGGCCGAAAUAUCUGUCCAGCUCUGCCAGCUGCACGUUCGCGCCCCGAACCAGCCUACUCGAAAAUACGCCUUCAAGACGUACGACGAAGUCAUCUUGGCCCCCUCCGGCCUCUUCGACCCUUCCAUCUUUGACAACAGCACCAAGCUGAGAGGACGUCGAAAGCUCGUGGAGCGUUCCUACAACGCCUACGACGUAGACAUCCCGGACGACCCGGCCCCGGCUGCCCAGCUUGCCAUCUUGGCAUUGGUGAAGCCGUCGAUCACGUCCAUUGCCAACGGCAACUCGCAGCUGCCGCAUGAGGUCUCGACACCGAGCAAGGAGAAGCCGCAGUUCAACUUCAUCGCCAAAGGCGAGGGCAUCAACGGCACGCCGGCCGAGUCACACGCGGGAUCACCGGCCCCGGAAGGCAGCGGCACUCCCGCGCCCCCGGCCUUCGUCUUUGGAUCCGGCAAAGACGGCCUCAACCGUGACAGUCCCGCCCCGAGCGUAAAUCGGGCCGCCGGCACGCCUAUCCCGGGACAGGCUUCCCAGGCAUCCCAACCCCCCUCGGGGCCCGUGGAUGCCCCCGAGCGGAGUGCCGCGUCCAUCGCCGCGGAGAGAGAAUCUGUCCUCCCCGUGGUUCCCCUGGACGUCGCGAUCCUGACCAGCAUUCAGAACGCCGCUAAGAACGAUGACAAGAAGCUGAGGGACCUGCUAGGAAGCAUCAUGGUGAUUGGUGGUGGAUCCAAGAUCCCCCAGUUUACCGUCGUGUUGGAGGAAAAGCUGAAGGCGAGGCGACCUGGCCUGAUUGACCGGAUUUUGGUCAGCAGGAGCGCCCGAGACAUGGACGAACAAGUCGUUGCCUGGAAGGGCGCCAGCGUCUUUGCGAAACUGCCGACGAACGACUCUUGGAUCUCCCCCUUCGAGUACGAGCGGCUCGGCGAGAGGACGCUUCAUCACAAAGUGCUCUGGGCCUGGUAG